AUGUCGAUAAAGAAGCUUGUCGAAGGUGACAUGAUCGAACUCACCCAUGGUUGUAGUGCUAUUGUUGACAGUGCUAUUGUGGAAAAGAAAGAUGAUCCUGGAGUUUUCCUAAUUCCUUGUACCAUUGGAAUGCAUAUGUUUGCAAAAGCCCUAUGCGACCUUUGUGCAAGUAUCAACCUAAUGCCCUUUGUCAUCUAUAAGAUGGUUGGUUUGAAUGCCCCUACCCCAAUAUAUAUGAGACUCUUAAUGGUGGAUCAUUCUAUCAAAAGGCCGGUGGGAAUUUUAUAUGAUAUCCUAGUUAAAGUGGACAAGUUUAUACUUUUGGCGGAAUUUGUGGUCUUGGACUGUGAAAUAGGUCAAACGGUACCUAUCAUUCUUGGUCAUCUAUUUUUACCCACUGGAACUUCUAUUGUCGAUUUAGAAAUGAGGGAGAUAAACUUUAGGUUGCAAGAGAAUGAGGUUACUUUCAAGGUUGGUAAGACGUAA